GGCAAGUUACAUAAACCUUUCGGAGAAAGGGGGGGUGCCUGUAUUUGGUUGCAGUUUGCAGAUUGAUUUAGAAUGGAUGACAGUGAGCUGGCACUGGCCCAUUACUGACGAAAGCUGCUUAUCCCCCCCUGGUUGCCAUGGAGAUGAACAGGAGCAGCCGAGAAGCUGCCAGUGAGAAAAUCAGCAUCAGGCAUCUGCGGGGGUCUGCAGGAGGAAGGAGGCAGGAUCAGGGAGAGACGGCAAACAUGGACUUGCAUUGUGAUUGUGCCGAUUCCCCAGCAGCGGAGCAGCCAUCAGGAAAGAUAAACAAGACUGCUUUUAAAUUAUUUGGGAAGAGGAAAUCUGGCAGUGCUAUGCCAACGAUAUUUGGUGUGAAAAGCAAGGGAGAUGGGAAGAACGCAGGCCAAAUGGGCAUGGUACGGAGCAAGACGCUGGAUGGACUAGCUGAUGUUGUGCUGGAGAGCAGCAAGCGAGAGGAGCAGUGUGCAUCUGAAGCUGCUGUUGAUACACCAAGCGUAGAUGCAAGCACCCAGCCUGUCACUGUGAAGACAGAUGUGUCACCCAACAGCUCGGUGGCUAAAUCACACAGUUUCUUUUCUUUGCUGAAAAAGAAUGGGAAAUUAGAGAAUGUGAAAGGGGAGAAUGCAGAGCAGAGGGCUGGCAGCAGACAAAAGAAAGGGCUGAAGGGACUGUUUAGCAGCAUGCGAUGGAACAGGAAAGAUAAAUACAACAAGGACGACAGAGAAGGGGCCACGGAAGACCAACCAGGCCUCAUUCUGUCCGGCUCUUUGACAGCCAGCUUGGAAUGCAUUAAGGAGGAAAUACAGAAACCUUUGCGUGAACCAGAAGUACCUCCAGAGAUUGUCACAGUUGAUUUGCCCUGUGAGGAGCAGACUGUGGAAGUAAACACCUCGCUGGAGGACAAACCAUUGGAAGCCGCUGAGGAAUCUCCUUGCUCUUCACACCACACCAACAAACCUCAUGAUGGGAAUGCUGCUGCAGGUAGCCCGCACAUGGACAUUAUUUGCCAGUUUCCUGAACCAGACGUGGAGAUCCCACAGGAAAAGGAGGAUGAAAACGUAACAGGCUGUGGGGAUAUAAUUGCCGAACCAGACGAGGAAGGAGGCAGCAGUACCGCCGCAAGGAUUAUACAUGGGAAUGGUAGGAAAGCUCCUUACAAAAAGACCCCAAACAUGAUCGUUUAUCAGGGAGGUGGAGAGGAGAUGGCAAGUCCAGAUCAAGUAGAUGACAAGAACAUCCAGGAGUUUCUGGGAAUCACACCGCAACCGGAGGAGACAAGCAAAGAGGUGGGAAAAGUGAGUAUUAUCAGGCAGGCCUCAAGGGAGGAGAAACGUCUUGAGGACACAUGUGAUGGGAAUAUAGUUAAGCCAGCUAAACUGAAACAGGUUGCAGCCAAUGGUAGCGAGAAAGGGGAUGUUAAAAAUGGGGGGAAGGAGCAACGAGACUCUAUUCGUAAUAGUGAUGAGGGUUAUUGGGACUCACCCAUCCCGGUGCCAGAGGAAGAACCUCCAAAGAGUGCUGGGAAGAAGGCUUUUUCCAGAGACAGUUACAGUGGGGAUGCACUCUAUGACCUAUAUACAGAGACUGAUGACAACACAGCCAGAGCACAGGCGGAGGAGAAGAGACUGUGCCAGGUACACACCAAGCCACUCUCCCCAGUAACCGUCACAUGUCCAGUGAAGACAAAUUUUACAAAGGACUCAAAAAUACCCAUCAGCAUUAAACACCUGCCAGUCCAUGGUCCAAGUCAACCGGCAGAGACUGGAAUUAAUAGCACCUCCUCAGUUGUACAGCACCAGCCAGCAAAAAGUGAGCUUCCCAGAACGAAAAUCCCAGUUUCCAAAGUACUUGUAAGGCGGGUCAGUAAUAAGGCUAUAACUGGAACGUCAGGUAAAACUGCACUGCAUGAACCAGCCAGAAAGUAAUUGGAGCUAUCGUGGCUAAGACAGACAGUUUGCUAUGAGCUAAUAUUGUCUUAUAGGCCAGCUGGCAGUUGAAGGACAAUGCAAUGUAAGCAAAUCGUCACGCAAUCCAGGGCAAAUUUCAUCCACUUCACAAGAAAUUUGAUUUUCACACUUUUAUAUUUUCUUUUCCUUUUCUGUUUGUAGAUUUGUGGAAUACUAGUGUGCAUCCAUUUAGGAUAUUUUAGCUUCAACACAAAAAAAAAGGUUUGUAAUACUCAUUAUUCGUGGCAUGUCAAGAUUGAAAAAAGAACCUCAGGAGACUAGGUAUUAAUAUAAGAUACUGAUAUAUGUCUGUAUUAAUAUUGCUAAAUAGUCAUGGAUUCCAGAAGCAGUUUCUUUUGAACAGACAUGGUUGAGCUUUAUAGUAAUGUAUGGACAGGGAGAGGUGGCCUUGGUACAAUGGGCAUUUGCCCCCAGGCUGAUGUGUUUUUUUUUCAUAAAGUAGACUCACCAGCCAAUCACAGAGACAGGUAAGGUAAAGAUCGGUUGUUGCAGAUUCGCAAUAGAGACAUCAUUGUUCUGUUGGAAAUGCCAUUUGUUUUGCUCUUGAGCAGUAACUAACCUUAAAUACUAAAGAAAAAUAUUACUGUAUCAAGAUACAAUUUGUACAUUAUAAUGUAAAAUUCUACAUCACUGAACUAUAGCAAUUCAGAAAAAGCUUAUUUAAAUGAGUGGCACAUCUGGGUACAAUGCUCUUUGCUAAGAAAUCCCCACUUCUAGAUUAGAACGUCUGUGGGAUGGUCACACCCUGUUGAUAGGGGGUGUUGUGCUGCUUUUCAGCACUAGGGGGCUUUCUCCUAUACAUUCAGUCUGCUAGAGCUGGAGGUGUCCACGCAAUGUGGUACCUGGCUUGAUGGCCUUGUCUAGUUAGGAGCCAUAUUCAGCAAACACCUCCCAUUUUUUGUAUUUACUAUUACUCUGGGGUGUUACUUUGAAAACAGUCAUCCAAAGUGGACAACACCUUAAUGUGUUUGCUAAGAAGGUCUCCUUUAACAUUGUGGACAGCUGUCAGAGUUGCUAUUGCUGUCUACGGAGGCUCAGACUAAAAGCUCUCCUAAGCUAAUAACAUACAAAAUGGGAGAACAUCAGAACAAAAUGCCAUAACCAAAACUUUGCUUUUCCUAAUUAAAUAAAAAUUGUAAUGUUAAAUCUUAUAUCAUAAAAUCUGUACCUUAUUAGUUAUUAUGCCUACAAUUAUUUUACGUUUAAGAGGCAUCUGAAGGCUAUAUAGACAGUGGCAUUUGCAAUGCAUUUAAAACAUGCUAAAACACAAAUAAAAAUACAUAUAGAGAACACAUUGGGGUUAAUUCAGAUAUGGACAGAGGUGCUAUCACUUGUUUCCUUGGAAGCAGCAGUGAUAGCUCUGUAUGUAAAUACAGCAUGAGGCAUCUAUCACAUGCACACACCUCCUGCUGCAGUUGUGAUCCGACGUGAAUCCUAGAACGCAGCAUCGGAUCACUGACUCACCAUUGGGCGGCUUGUGGCACUCAUGGAGAUGCGCAAGUCGCCUGUCGCAGAUACUUGUAAGAGGCCAGGAAAUUUCCGUCCAAUGACGGAGAUCCCUGGCCUCUUCCUUCCCUUCUAAACGUCGGCGGCAUGCCUCCAUUUUCACAAACGGAGGCUGUCGCCAUCCACUCUCCGCCCCCAAAUCAGUCACUGACAGUCUGCUGCCGCUCUGCGUCCUGUGUCACACGAUCUGUUUGCGCACAUAAACAAUGGGUCCUGCCCAUGCGCAAAGUACCGAACAUCAGCACACCGCAGCCUGGGACACAGGACCGACCGGACCUGAAUGAGUGCCAUUAUGUUUAUACAUGUUCCUAAUAGAAGUUUGAUAUUUUUUAAGAUGCGUUCACAAGUGUGUUCAACCUAUUAAUUUUUUUUUAAACUUCAAACUGUGACAAAAGAGGAAGUUCAUAUUUUAUUGAAGCCUAAAGCAUAUGUAAACGCUUCUUAAUCGCACCUCAUACGUAGAAUUGCGUUCUGAGGGGAAGGUUUAACUACAAAUGAUAGUCUUGUUAUCACUCCUUACUAAUCUUAAAUUGUUCUCCAACCAAUCAGCUCCCUGUUCAGCUGAUUGGUUGGAGCACCAUUUAAGAUUAAUAAUGACUGAUAACAAGAAUAUCACUCAGUAUUAAAACUUGCAAUGUGGACUCGAUGCGAUGUGCUGUCUGGGAAAGCGUCCAUUGCGCUGUAUUGAACUCUCCCCAUAGUGUUUACAAUACGUUCCCAUUAAGAAGCGUGCACAUCAAAUUGCAGUCCAAUAUAGAUGAAAUUCAAGUUAAACCCCCACUAAUCUCAUUGGGUACAAUGAUUUUCAUUUCCAUGGGUUUAACUUUUAUUCAAAAUGCCGAAUAUUAACCCCAGUGUAUACAUAGCCUUAAUCUAGUACAGUGAUGGCUAACAUUGACACUCCAGCUGUUGUUGAACUACACAUCCCAGCAUGCCCUGCAUCAGUUUUCGCAUGGCCAAAUAGCAAAACAGUAGCAGGUCAUGCUGGGAUGUGUAGUUCAACAACAGCUGGAGUGUCAAGGUUAGCCAUCACUGUAGCUCCAUGUUUUCUUUCCAUAUCAAACAAUGGGAGAUCUGUUUUCAAAGACCUAAUUUGCAGCAGACAGAUGAACACAGGGUCUGGGUGGCACAGUAUGACACAUGCAGCUAUUUAACCAGUUUUGCUUAAUUUAAGACUUCAGUUAAGGUCAUAUGUCCAUAUAAUUGUACAAUACAGCCCACGCUAUCUGUAGAUAAAUAGCACUAAUAAUUCUAGCGUUAUUGGGUGCCGGAGAGAGACACAUGGCAGCACUGUACAGACUAAAACAGAGGUAUUGUUUUUUAUUCACCUUCUCAAAUAAAGAGCAGCAUUUGUACAUGUACAGCACUUGUAUGGACCAAACCCUUUCUUUCAUGUGUACUAUGUAAAUAUGUGUAUAUCUAAUGGGUGUCAGUACAUUCCGGUGUAAAUAUGCAAAAAUGUGACUUUCAUUGAUAGGCAUCUCAAAGCAUUCUGGUUGUGGGCCUGAAAAAGAAACACAAUUUAAUAUAUGUUGCUAUUUUUUUAUAUUUCUGUGUUGAUAUGGCAAGUAGAGAACUCAUUUCAUUACACGUCUGAGAAACGGGUUAUGACAGGUAGCUGUGAUGGGUAGGUGUUAAUGCAAAAUAAUAACCUCCUAUGUAAAGAUGCAUAAAUACUAGCAGGUAGGUGUUUCAUUAAAGAUUACUUUUUAUUAAAACAACAA